AUGGACGUGGACCUGGACGUAGACGUGGACGUGGACGUGGACAUGGUCGUGGACGAUGACGUGGACAUGGUCGUGGACGUGGACGUGGACCUGGUCGUGGACGUUGACGUGAACGUGGACGUGGACGUGGACGUGGACGUGAACGUAGACAUGGACGUGGACGUGGACGUGGACGUGGACAUGGACGUGGACGUGGACGUGGACAUGGACGUGGACGUGGACAUGGUCGUGGACGUGGACGUGGAUGUGGACGUGGACUUGGACGUGGACGUGGAUGUGGACGUGGACGUGGACCUGGUCAUGGACGUGGACGUGGACGUGGACGUGGUUGUGGUCCUGGUCGUGGACGUCGACGUGGACGUGGACGUAGACGUGGUCGUGGACCUGGUCGUGGACGUGGACGUGGACGUGGACGUGGACAUGGACGUGGACGUGGUCGUGGACGUGGUCGUGGACGUGGUCGUGGUCGUGGACGUGGACGUGGACGUGGACGUGGACGUGGACAUGGACAUGGACGUGGACAUGGACGUGGACGUGGACGUGGACGUGGUCGUGGACGUGGACGUGGACGUGGACGUGGACAUGGACGAGGACGUGGACGUGGACGUGGACGUGGUCGGGGACGUGGACGUGGUCGUGGACGUGGACGUGGACGUGGACGUGAACCUGGACGUGGACGUGGACGCGGACGCGGACGACGUGGACAUGGUCGUGGACAUGGACGUGGACGUGGACGUGGACGUGGACGUGGACGUGGACGUGGAGGUGGACGUGGAGAUGGACGUGGAGGUGGACGUGGAGGUGGAGGUAGACGUGGACGUUGACGUGGAGGUGGACGUGGACGUGGCAUGGACGUGGACGUGGACAUGGACGUGGACGUGGACGUGGACGUGCACGUGGACGUGGACGUGGAAGUGGACAUGGACGUGGACAUGGACGUAG